GAUGCUGCCAGGACAGAGAGGCUGUGAAGAAGGAAGUACAUUGCCUGAGCAGGAACAUAUUCUCAGGACACAGGGCCUCUGCUCAGUGCACCAAGCGUAAGGCCAUUAAGAAGACCCCUAUCUGCAAAUCAGCCCAGCCUCCCAGGGAGAGAGGAGGCUCCCGAAUUCCUAUCAUCAUGAACUGGCAUGUGAUCAUCUCAGGGCUUAUUGUUGUGGUGCUUAAAGUUGUUGGAAUGACCCUAUUUCUGCUGUACUUCUCACAGAUUUUUGGGCUCAGUAAUGACAGCUUCACUCCCACAAGGAGCUAUGGAACAGUCUGCCCCAAAGACUGGGACUUUCAUCAAGGAAGAUGUUUUUUCUUGUCCACCUUUGAAUCUUCUUGGAGUAACAGCAGGGAUGAUUGUGCAAUGAAAGGAUCCACUUUGGCAAUUGUCGACACACUAGAGAAACUGGUGAGAUCACAGGAGUAGCACAGUAAGGCAGUCCAUCUUACACCAGCCUCAGUGGGUGGCAACAGUGGGGCGAUGGCGUGGAGCAGGGGUCGGGGGCCGGAGGAAUGGAGAGGUGGCUGGCUGGAAAGGUCAAACUCCUUGUUCUGAACCUGGGGUUAAGAGAAUUCUUAGUAGGGGCAUGAUCUUCUGCUUAAUCUUAGCUAGAAUUCAGACUAUAUGGUCCUCCUUGUAAGCCACAGCAGUAGGCUAGUAUCCUGGGGAUUUGAUGGGACAUUUACAGUGCAGAAAAUGUAUGAAAGUUGUUUAAAA